AGAUGCCGGAUCCAGCAAAAUCUGCUCCUGCGCCCAAGAAGGGCUCCAAAAAGGCCGUUACAAAAGUGCAGAAGAAGGACGGGAAGAAGCGCAAGCGCAGCCGCAAGGAGAGCUACUCCGUGUACGUGUACAAGGUGCUGAAGCAGGUGCACCCCGACACGGGCAUCUCGUCCAAGGCCAUGGGCAUCAUGAACUCCUUCGUCAACGACAUCUUCGAGCGCAUCGCCGGCGAGGCCUCCCGCCUGGCGCACUACAACAAGCGCUCGACCAUCACGUCGCGGGAGAUCCAGACGGCCGUGCGCCUGCUGCUGCCCGGCGAGCUGGCCAAGCACGCCGUGUCCGAGGGCACCAAGGCCGUCACCAAGUACACCAGCUCCAAGUAAGGGCGCGCCAGGGACGGAAGGAAACGGCUGUUUUAACCCAAAGGCUCUUUUCAGAGCC